GGACGCGAGGGCCCUGCACGCCUGUUGUGCGCUCGUCAUGAGGCUGCUGGGCGCCGCGGCGGCGGCUGUGGGGCGCGGGCGGCUCCCGUGGGUCCCCGCCGCCUUGGGCCGGCAGGGGAAGCAGAUUAACUGGAAGGCCUGCCGCUGGUGUUCAUCAGGGGUAGUUCCUAAUGAAAAGAUACGAAACAUUGGAAUCUCAGCUCACAUCGACUCUGGGAAAACGACACUGACGGAACGAGUGCUGUACUACACUGGCAGGAUUGCACAGAUGCACGAGGUGAAAGGGAAGGAUGGGGUUGGUGCUGUCAUGGAUUCCAUGGAACUGGAGAGACAGAGAGGAAUCACCAUCCAGUCAGCAGCCACCUACACCAUGUGGAAAGACGUGAACAUCAACAUCAUAGACACCCCUGGUCACGUGGACUUCACGAUCGAAGUUGAAAGGUCCCUGAGAGUGUUGGAUGGAGCGAUCCUUGUUGUCUGUGCCGUUGGAGGGGUGCAGUGCCAGACCAUGACUGUUAAUCGUCAGAUGAGGCGCUACAAUGUUCCAUUUCUAACUUUCAUUAACAAACUAGACCGGAUGGGCUCCAGCCCAGCCCGGGCUCUGCAGCAAAUGAGGUCCAAGCUAAAUUAUAAUGCAGCGUUUGUGCAGAUACCCAUUGGUUUGGAGAAUGACUUUAGAGGUAUUAUAGAUCUUAUCGAGGAACGAGCCGUCUAUUUUGAUGGAGACUUUGGUCAGAUUGUCCGGUAUGGUGAAAUUCCAGCAGACCUGAGGUCGGCGGCAGCCGACCACCGGCAGGAGCUGAUUGAAUGUGUCGCCAACUCAGACGAGCAGCUUGGAGAGCUGUUCCUGGAGGAAAAAGUUCCCUCAGCUUCUGAUAUAAAGCUUGCCAUCCGGAGAGCUACUCUAACCCGAUCUUUUACUCCUGUCCUUGUGGGAAGUGCCUUGAGGAACAAGGGAGUUCAGCCUCUGCUGGACGCGGUUUUAGAAUACCUCCCAAAUCCGUCAGAAGUCCAGAAUUACGCUGUUCUCAAUCAGGACGAUGACUCAAAAGAGAAAACCAAAAUCUUGAUGAACUCCAAAAGAGACAACUCCCACCCGUUUGUAGGCCUGGCUUUUAAACUGGAGGCAGGUCGGUUUGGGCAGUUGACGUAUGUUCGUAACUAUCAGGGAGAGUUGAAGAAGGGUGACACCAUCUACAACACGAGGACAAGAAAGAAAGUGCGGGUGCAGCGCCUGGCUCGCAUGCACGCUGACAUGAUGGAGGAUGUUGAGGAAGUGUAUGCUGGAGACAUCUGUGCACUGUUUGGCAUUGACUGUGCUAGUGGGGACACGUUCACAAACAAAGACAACAGCAGCCUUUCUAUGGAGUCAAUUCAUGUUCCUGAUCCUGUCAUUUCAAUAGCAAUGAAGCCUUCUAACAAGAAUGAUCUAGAAAAAUUUUCAAAAGGUAUUAGCCGGUUCACAAGAGAAGAUCCCACAUUUAGAGUCCACUUUGACACUGAGAGCAAAGAGACGGUUGUGUCUGGAAUGGGGGAAUUACACCUGGAAAUCUAUGCUCAGAGAAUGGAAAGAGAAUAUGGCUGCCCUUGUAUCACGGGAAAGCCCAAGGUUGCCUUUAGAGAGACCAUCACUGCCCCUUUCCCGUUUGAGUUUACACAUAAAAAGCAGUCGGGUGGUGCCGGCCAGUUUGGGAAGGUGAUGGGUAUCCUGGAGCCUCUGGACCCAGAGAACUACACCAAGUUGGAGUUUGUAGACGAAACCUUCGGGUCAAAUAUUCCAAAGCAGUUUGUGCCUGCCGUAGAAAAGGGGUUUUUGGAUGCCUGUGAGAAGGGCCAUCUUUCUGGUCACAAACUCUCUGGUCUCCGAUUUGUCCUGCAAGAUGGUGCGCAUCACAUGGUCGAUUCCAAUGAGAUCUCUUUCAUCCGAGCAGGAGAGGGUGCUGUGAAACAAGUUGAAAUCUAUGCUCUGGAAAUCCUGUCACAAUCUGAAAAUUAUGUUAAUAAGAAAACAGGGAGAGGAACCCAAGGUCAAGAAGGGAAUGACAAACCGGAAGAGGAAUGGCGUCGCAUUCAUUGUCUAAAAGAACGUUUCAAGAUCUAUCUUGAAAUCCAAUGCUCCCUGGCAAAUGGAACAUGGUGUAUUCUUGAGCCUGUUAUGUCUGUGGAAAUCGUUGCCCCAAAUGAAUUUCAGGGAACAGUGAUUGCGGGAAUUAACCGGCGCCACGGGAUGAUCACCAAGCAGGAUGGAACUGAGGACUACUUCACACUGUACGCAGAUGUGCCUCUAAAUGAGAUGUUCGGUUAUUCCACUGAGCUCAGGUCGUGCACAGAGGGGAAAGGAGAAUAUACAAUGGAGUACAGCAGAUAUCAGCCGUGUUUACCGUCUACCCAGGAAGAUCUGAUUAAUAGGUAUUUGGAAGCUACAGGUCAGCUUCCAGUGAAAAAAGGAAAAGCCAAGAACUGACUUUCCUCACUUUGAGUUUUGACUAUCAAACUUUGAAUCUGCAAGGCUGAGAUACUUGGACAGAUUCCGGCAGGAUGGAUUCAGGCUGCCAACACAAGAAGUUAUACACGCCUUCCUGGUGUGUUCAGAGACAGCUCUAUUGAUACGUUUUAUAGUUUAUUGAAAAAUAUAAGAUACGAUGAUUUCUGAAAUGUAUUUAUUUAAGGGAGGAAGAGACUAAUUUUGGUUAUCCUUCUAAGCUUAGAAUGUGUGCGUAGACUUCCACAUUUUUAUCAGGAAUUUUCAACAUACAGAGAAGCUGAAAAAAUAGCACAAAGACUGUCCAUAUGCCUUCCAUCUAAUUAAUGAAAACAGCAAGUUUUUAAAUAAUUUAUCCUGUCACAGUAGUGUUUUCCCACAUUUGCUUUAUCUAUCCAUUUAUCUGUCUCAUGCCAUUAUGUAUUUUUUUAAUUUUUAAAAAUUAUUAUUUUGCUGAGCACUUGACAGUAAAUUACAUAUAUCAUGAUACUUUUUGGAGGGUCACGUGUUGUUGUUUUUUUUUUUUCUUAACCGUGCUUUACAUGAAGGUUUGCAGAGCAAAUUAGUUUCUCAUUCAGCAGUUUAUACACAAGUUGUUUCAUGGCAUUGGUUGUAAUCCCCGCGAUGUGUCAGCACCCUCCCCUUCCCCUUUCCUCCCUGGGUUCUCCGUGCCCCUUUGUCCAGCUUUCCUGGCCCUUCCUUCCUUCUCGUCUUUGGUUUUGGGCAGGUGUUGCCCAUUUGGUCUCACAUACAUGGUUGAACUGGGAAGCAUGUUCCUCAAGUGUGUUAUUGUUUGCUUUAUAGACCUGUCUGAUCUUUGGCUGAGGAGCUCUGGUGGCGCAGUGGCUAAGAGCUACAGCUGCUAACCAAAAUGUCGGCAGUUCAAAUCCGCCAGCCAUUCCCUGGAAACCUUAUGGCGCAGUCUACCCUGUCCUGUAGGGUCAGUGUAAGUCGGAAUGGACUCAGCGGAAAUGGGUUUUAUUUUUAGUCUUCGGCUGAAGGGUCAACUUCAGGAGUGACGUCAGUUCUGAGUUGAAAGGGUGUCCGGGGGAGGAGCGUCAACUUUGAGUGGACUGGCUUUUUUUGUUUAAGAGUGAAUUCUGUAGGAUCUUAUUAUACAGCGUUUUUCAAAUUCUUCGUUGAGGUAUUGAAGCACUGGCUACACUUUUAGCUGUCUUGUAUGUGGCUGGUUGCUUAAAUUUUUGGCUUCUGUAAUUCACUUGUAGCUGCUUCAGCUUCUAGGAGUGUAAGGUCACACCCUUGCUGCCUUCUGUGAAGUGAGAGACAGACCCUCGCGUAGGAUAUCCUUGUCUAUAUUCAUUUCUAGUGUUUCUGUAGCCCUAAAUAAUAAAAUAUGUUUUUACAGAGUUGCUGCCCAGCAGUUUCAUUUCUUGUAGAUGUUAGUUGAAUUUGUAGUAUUGUAUUCAUUGAGGUUGUGAAAGAACAAAUGUUAAGGUUUUGUCUCCAGAAUAAGUUGGGCUUUCCCAGGCAGCUCUACCAUAUUGUCUGGAAUUGCCUCAUCCAAAGAGUAUCUGAUUACACAGACAUAUCCUAGCCUUUCCCCUUAGUGGAUAAUGGAAAUAAAAUAACUGACUUUAAAUUUAAAUGCCUUUGGUUUUUUGAUUUAUAGAUUUGGCUUUAUAGUUUAACGUUUCUAGAAAAAAAAUUAAUCACUUGUUUUCAAGGCUGCUUGGCUGCUAACCAAAAGGUCGGCAGUUCAUAUCCACCAAGCGCUCACUGGAAACCCUAUGGGGCAGUUCUACUCUGUCCUAUGGGGUAGUUGUUAGUUGGAAUCGGCUCAAAGGCAGUGAGUUUGUUUGUUUUUCAAGGCAUUGUCUUAAAUGCUUUAAAUGUGUUAUCUAAUUUAGUUCUCACAACCCCGAGAAAGUAAUUACUAUUAUUGUGUCCAUUUUGCAGUCAAGGAAGUGAAGGCACAGAGAGGGUAAGUAACUUAUCUAAGACCACACAGCUUGUUAAGUUUUCAAAUGGAAACCUCAGUUACGGUUAUUCAUCAAACCAGUGCAUUUCCCCUGUGAAAUGUCUGUUGCUAUAAUAGCAUCAAUCCUGACAAAUGCCGUUGCUUUGGCAUUUUAGCCACAUCUUGUGCCAUUCCCAGUGACUUUGAAUGUCGUUCGCGAUGAAGAAAUACCUUCAUAGAACUUAGCUCAGUUCCUCGGGCUGUUUUGAAGAGUCAGAAAUGUUAAAACUAAGAUGGACAAAUUUGGAUGUGUUUUUGAAUUGUUAGACAUUCUAGCUAUAAAAUUACAGUGUCUGAGAAGAUCCAAGACAUUUGAUCCAACAGUAGCAUCUUGACGGUGGCGACACAGGCCCAGCUGUCGGGAGUAGUUGGAAUAGGGCCACGGGGGCACAGCUCCAGGACUAGGACCCACAGCUCUCGCUGACUCGUUUUCAGUUGGUAAAGACCACGUGCCAACUAGCAUCUGUAGCAAGGAGAAGUGUGUAAAUGGGGUAUUUAUACCGCUGUUGCGAAGGCUAAUUGUUGGCUGAUUUAAAGACGCGUUGGGUCACGGCAGCAGCACCAGUCAGUAUCACACUGGUUCCCAACCCUCGCUGCACUUGAAAAACCAGCUGGGGAGCCCUGAACAGACACAGCAGGCUGCCUCCAGGUACUCUGAUUCUGUCACUCAAAGGAGGGGACCCAGCACUGGGACUCCUUAAAGCUUUCAGGCUGUUCCAGUAUGCAGGCAAGGUGAAAGACCACCUCAGUAUCGCCCGAACUUAGGCCCAAGAUACAAAACGGAAAGUAAAAACCCAGAUGGGUCAUAUUAAUGUUCUUUUGUGUGAUGUUAGUUUUGGGCUUUGGGGUUCUUAGCUUGAUAACUUUACCUUUAAAAAAAAUACUUCAUUUUAAAAAACAUGACUCUAAUUCCUCCCCUUCCUGCUCACUUUUAGAUUGCGUAGUUGUAAAAUCACUAAAAUUUAAUCAUUCUGAACUCUGACGUGUGAACGAGUCUUAAAAUUGAUGCCAAAAGAGAAAGUUAGCAGCCACAGGAGAAAAUUGUGACAUGUUGGGGGCAUGUCCCUUUGUGGAAGACAGCUGUUUGCGUUGCUAAAACUAUACAUGAUUGAAUUAGAGCUUUGAUUGUUGCUUAAAGUUAUCUUCAAAUACAUAACAUGAGAACGCAUCCCUGAAAUAGUUGUGUUCAGAGAAGAUGUUUAUGAACAUUAAUUUAUCCAUUCAGAUACGUGCCAAGCAACCUUCUAAGCUAGGAAAGGUCACAGAAUAGGUCCUAGAAUAUGCUAAGCUGAGAGAAAUUGCCAUAAUAAACUUGUGUCAUGAGAACAUCGAUCAAGUGCCAAAUACAGAACCUUCCAACUGACUUUCAAAAGAACUUGCUUGACGUCUAACAAUUCAUAAUUCAGGUAAAGAAAGAUGAAAUUCUGAGUAGGAUCAAAUGUAAUACAGACAGAAGCCCUGGUAUUGUUCUGUAUGUCUUUAAAUUCUGAAAGUUGUUGAGAAAUAAGACAGUGAAGUGAUACUGUAUGUCAGCGGCUCAAGGUGAUUUAGAAGAACUUUAGAUUUCAUGAAGAGAGGGCUUAGGAAACUUAGAGGUUUUUCUUCCAUGUCAAGGCAGAUGAGGCAGCUCUUCUCUGUUGUUAGCUAGUUAAACCAGUGUUAGCGAACUCAAGUCAGCAGUUUUAGAGUUUAUGCUAAAACAUAUUCUAACGGCGAUGUUAUUAAGAAAUUAUAGUUGGUUUAACUUCUGUGGCUUUUGUAAACUUAUAAAAUAGGAAAUUGCAUUUGUAUGUUGUCUGUUUAGAAUUCCCGUUCAUAGUCUCUUUGACUGGAAUAAAGAUGUUAAAGGGUUACCUUAGAGUUCUUCCCUGGUUUCGUGGGUCUAAUCUCACUUCUUAAAAAUGCUGUAUGAGGACUCUGAGGAAGCUGAGACGCCAGAAAGCCGAAACACCAGGUAGGGGCUGCUUCCAGCCCUGGGAGUAGUCCUGCAAGGUUCAGUGACAAUCGCAGGACUUACUGUGCCACCCCGAAGUGGUCCUGCAAGGUUCAGUGACAAUCGCAGGACUUAGUGUGUCACCCCUGGGAGUGGUCCUGCAAGGUUCAGUGACAAUCGCAGGACUUAGUGUGUCACCCCUGGGAGUGGUCCUGCAAGGUUCAGUGACAAUCGCAGGACUUAGUGUGUCACCCCUGGGAGUGGUCCUGCAAGGUUCAGUGACAAUCGCAGGACUUAGUGUGCCACCCCGGAAGCGGUCCUGCGAGGUUCAGUGACAAUCGUAGGACUUAGUGUGCCACCCCGGAAGUGGUCCUGCGAGGUUCAGUGACAAUCGUAGGACUUAGUGUGCCACCCCGGAAGUGGUCCUGCGAGGUUCAGUGACAAUCGCAGGACUUAGUGUGCCACCCCGAAGUGGUCCUGCGAGGUUCAGUGACAAUCGCAGGACUUAGUGUGUCACCCCUGGGAGUGGUCUUGCAAGGUUCAGUGACAAUCGCAGGACUUAGUGUGUCACCCCUGGGAGUGGUCUUGCAAGGUUCAGUGACAAUCGCAGGACUUAGUGUGCCACCCCGGAAGCGGUCCUGCGAGGUUCAGUGACAAUCGUAGGACUUAGUGUGCCACCCCGGAAGCGGUCCUGCGAGGUUCAGUGACAAUCAUAGGACUUAGUGUGCCACCCCGGAAGUGGUCCUGCGAGGUUCAGUGACAAUCGUAGGACUUAGUGUGUCGCCCCUGGGAGUGGUCCUGCAAGGUUCAGUGACAAUCGCAGGACUUAGUGUGUCACCCCUGGGAGUGGUCCUGCAAGGUUCAGUGACAAUCGCAGGACUUAGUUUGUCACCCCUGGGAGUGGUCCUGCAAGGUUCAGUGACAAUCGCAGGACUUAGUGUGCCACCCCGGAAGCGGUCCUGCAAGGUUCAGUGACAAUCGUAGGACUUAGUGUGCCACCCCGGAAGUGGUCCUGCAAGGUUCAGUGACAAUCACAGGACUUAGUGUGCCACUGAGAUGCUCUUGGUGUCUUCACUGAAGACGGUUUAGGGAACUUCAGUUAGAGGAAUUUACCACUUGAUUGUGCCAUGAUUUAAUCUUUCUCGAUUGUUUCUUUGAUAUUUUAGUAAAAGAGCAUUUUUUCUGCAUUAUCACUGAGGUGUAAUAUUCCUUCAGAAUACUCUCGUUUUGUGUUUGUUAACUGCUGCAGAGUUGGCGGCUCUUUAAAUCAAGUGGGUAUUGGGAAGAGGAAUGCAGAGGGUUGGGGUGUUAAAUAGAGAAAAGAUUAUGAACUAGAUUUGCUGAAAAGUAACGUUACCGUCCAUCUUGUCAGAGUGCGUGUCUUUAAAACCUUUUUUAGUAGUAACCUUUCUAAUUUUCUAUCAGUACAGACUUAAAAAUAAUAUUUUGGUAUAUUUUAAAGCUGAUGCUUUCUUACCAAUUAUUGGCUAAGGAACCUGGCAAAAGGUUUUUAGACACUCAUGUGUUCCAAUAAAUAAUAUUAAUUUUGAGAAGGAAAUGAUGGCAACAUUUCCUGGAUGUUUUUCCUGCCCUGGGGAGGUACUUCACUGAAUUUGAUUAUGGUACAUAUUGUGUUUGCUCCUGGAAAUUACUCAGGCCAACACUGGGUCCAAUGUU